GCCGAGGCGGGAGCUCCCGGAGGCGGAGGCGGAGGCUGAAGCGGAGGCAGCGGGUGGGGGCCUGGCGGAGUGAAGGGGUACCAAGAUGGCGACUGAAACGGUGGAGCUCCAUAAGCUGAAGCUUGCUGAACUAAAGCAGGAGUGUCUUGCUCGUGGUUUGGAGACCAAGGGAAUAAAACAAGAUCUCAUCAACAGGCUCCAGGCAUAUCUUGAAGAGCAUGCUGAAGAGGAGGCAAAUGAAGAAGAUGUACUGGGAGAUGAAACAGAGGAAGAAGAACCGAAGCCCAUAGAACUGCCUGUCAAGGAGGAAGAACCUCCUGAAAAAACUGUUGAUGUGGCAGCAGAGAAAAAAGUGGUAAAAAUUACAUCUGAAAUACCACAGACUGAGAGGAUGCAGAAGAGAGCUGAACGAUUCAAUGUACCUGUGAGCUUGGAGAGUAAGAAAGCUGCCAGGGCAGCUAGAUUUGGGAUUUCUUCGGUUCCAUCAAAAGGCCUGUCAUCUGAUGCCAAGCCUAUGGUUAACCUGGAUAAGUUAAAGGAAAGAGCUCAAAGAUUUGGUUUGAAUGUCUCUUCAAUCUCCAGAAAGUCUGAGGAUGACGAGAAGCUGAAAAAGAGGAAGGAGCGAUUUGGGAUUGUCACAAGUUCAGCUGGAACAGGAACCACAGAGGAUACAGAGGCAAAGAAGAGGAAAAGAGCAGAGCGCUUUGGGAUUGCCUGAUGAAAAGCUUUUGAUGCUUUCUGUUCUCCAAUGGUUUCCAUCUCUUCGACUCUUCCUGGUCACAUAUAUACCUAAAUGCACAGUCAUGUGCCUAGGUCCUGCCUUGCAGUGAGGGAGCAUGUACCCCAGGUACAUCCGUGAACUCCAGCAGCAGUUUGACUUACUGCAGUUCCAACUUUAAGGUUUUUGUUGUUGUGUUGUUGUUUUUUAAUUAUUAUUUUGCUUGUUAAUAAAAAAAAAAUAGAAAAAAACGGUGUGUUUUAUCAGGUGCUCCUUUGAGUUCUUAGUGCCAGAUUAGACCGGAUAAGGAGAGCUUCAGGGGCAAAUAUUAUAGCGAAUUAGCCAUAAUGCCUUUAUCCUUUAGAAAAGAGAACAAGGAAAAGGAUUGAGUAUGUCGCUUUAAGCCUAUUUAUUUACUUCUCUCAUACUCACAGGCAUCCUUUUACUUCUUUAUCCUCCAUGAAGAGGCCAAGUUUCACCCUGAAUCUUUGCUUCAGCAGGUUGACAUGACCCACUGGAAUAAGAUAGGGAGAACACUGUGGGUUUUAGGAGGUGCAAAGGAUAUAAACACAAGGACUAGUGAUUGGUAGUCUAUAAUGGAAUGGAGUCCAGAGUCCCUCCCUAUUCUGGAGUCUGGAAGGGCCCUAUUUUCAAGAGUGACUUGUCUGGUUUCAGUCGAAGCCAAUAUGUGGGAUCAGGGCCCUAUUUUCAAGAGUGACUUGUCUGGUUUCAGUCGAAGCCAAUAUGUGGGAUCAGGGCCCUAUUUUCAAGAGUGACUUGUCUGGUUUCAGUCGAAGCCAAUAUGUGGGAUCCUGUUGGUUAUGCAGUUCAGGAAAGGAGAUUGGCUGGGUACCCCUCAGAGCUAGAAGUAUGGGGAUUCAGAGUAUGACAGGAUGUCAGAGGUAUUAAGCAUUAUUACCAGAUCAUUGGGAACGUAAGCUUUGGACUGGAGGCUUCUAUUUUCUAGUCAAGCCUUAUGCUAGUUUAGUUUGUCUUCUAUUGCAGAAAUAUACUUUUGCAGUUUUGGUGGCAAUGUUUCAUAGAUACUACUAAAAUCCAUUUUCCUUGCUGAGCCUCCUAUUUAGAAAGAUUUGGCUCUUCCUAAGCAGGGUUGCUUGUUUGCAUUUGAAUUUUCAUGUAGAUCUGAGACCUGCUACUUAAUCUUUUUGGACGUGUUGGUAUAGGGUUUCUCCUCUUAAUCUUUACUUCUGUACAUCUAUAUAAGGUUGGGUUUUGUUUGGUUUUCUGAUAAUAAAGCUUAAGAGCUUGGCACCGUA